AUGGCGCACGCUGGGCUUGCCGAAGAAGAAAUUGCUGCCAUUCGCCGUGAGCUGGACACCCUCAAACUGCAGAUAUCCACCACAUCACCUGACUCAUCUCCCAGUUCGCUUGAUGGUGCAACGUCGACGCCGAAAAGGGGCGGCGAUGACGCCAGCCCACAGCGAUCCGUUGACAGCCUAUUUGAGCGGCUGACACAAGAACAACAGCGAACAAGACAACUAGAAAAGGAACUUCAGGCUCUGCGCAUGAAUCAGAAACAAAUGAACACAGAAUCGCUGGAUGAAAUAAGCGCGAAGAAGGAGGAACUUGACAAGCUGAUGCGUGAGCGAGAUGAGUUGCGUGAUUGGCUGCAGCGGGGGGUGAAUGAAUGUCGUCGCGUUGCAGAAGAGGCGUCGCGACUGAAAAGGGAUCUUGAAGAACGGACACGGCGCUGUCAGUCCCUCGAGACUGUGAAAGAGGAGUUGCAGGGAAAGAUAAACAAGGUACAGCAGCUGCUGAUUGAAUCACAGUCGCAGAUUGAGCGAUUGCAAGAGAAACAGCGCUUGCUAGAGGCUUCCGCGGGUGAACACGUCAUUGCUGAGAAGAAGCUCAUGGAGGUGAAUGAGGAGAUGCAAAAACAGUAUGAGGCUCUUGUGGCUGAAGCAGAGUCCCAUCGCCUCCAUGCUGAGAAGCUUGAGGAUGCGGAAGUGUGCGUUCAGCUUCUUACUGAACGACUGCGGCAACUUCUGACGCACGUGGAGCGGUUGGGGCAGGCCGUACGCAAGGGUUGUGUUGAGGAUGUGGCUGUAGAUGAAUUCUUCUCGCGUGAGAAUGUCGCAGAACCGCAGCACCCACUGGAUGAACUUGUCGCACGCGCCAAGAGUCUUCCGCAUACCAUCGCCAUUGGCAUUCAGCAGCUUCAGGAAAAUAUUGUUGCCUUCGUGGCGGAGCAACGGCGCCUUCGAGCGGAGCAGGAGGCGACGCAGCGGGACCACCUUGAGGCGCUCCACCUGGAGAAGCAGACGGUGCUGCACAGGUACGAGAAGGAGAGGGAGACGAUGAUGCAAGAAAUUGCGCAACUCAGAGGGGAGUUGCUGCGAGUACUCUCAAAGAACGCAGUAGAUGAUGAUGAGAGCCCUGACCGUCAGAGGGCGCGAAUUAUUGAGAUAGAGGAAUUGCUAAGGUCGAAUAAACAUCAGGCCGAGGAGAACGAGAGGCUACGAAAUGAGAACGAGGAACUUCGGCAAAAGCUGCGCCGUAUGAAAAUUGACUGGAGAAAAGUCCAUGAGAGUCAGCUGCGCUUCCAGGAGCUUCAGGUGGAGGUGAAUAUGAUCGCGCGGACAAAUGAAAAGUUAGAGAGGGAAAACGAGAACCUGAAGAUGCUCAUUGAGACCCGGUUUGGGCAGCUCCCGCCGGAUAAAAAAAUCGUAGAAGAACUGCACGACGACCGGCGGUAUUCAGGGGUCAAUAGCAAGGAAAAAGGGGUGUCGCUCAUGCGUCCUAGCUUUUCCACCGUCAUGAUGAACAGCACUACCGACGGGAGACACGGUUCGAGCGGGAGCCCUUCUGUGUCGUACAGCCAUUCACGUCGCAGUGCUGAACGCGAAGUAUUUCAGGAGUGGAAGCGCAUGGUGCUCAGCGGCUACAUUGAGUAA